AUGGCUGAGGGGGCUCCGGGGAGGGAGGUCGCCUCCUCAGGGGAAAGCCCCGGCACAAACCGGCAGGCGAUGCGGCUGCUGAGGGUUGACCCAUAUGGGUUUGAAAGGCCAGAAGACUUCGAUUAUGCAUCCUAUGAAGCAUUCUUUUCCAGAUAUCUAGUGGUACUCACUAGAAGAGCAAUAAAAUGGUCCAAGCUCCUGAAGGGGAAUAACAGAAUACAGAAGAGUUUAAAAGUGAAGAGAUAUGUCAGGAAAGGCAUCCCCAAUGAACACCGUGCAUUGAUCUGGAUGAUUGUGAGUGGGGCUCAAACCAACAUGGAACAAAACCCUGGCUAUUACCACAGACUGCUUGAAGGAGAGAAGAAUGACAAGCUGGUGGAAGCAAUCAAAACAGACAUGAACAGAACAUUUCCAGAUAACGUAAAAUUCCGCAAAACUGCUGAUCCCUGUUUGCAGCAUACACUCUACAACGUAUUGGUAGCAUAUGGGCAUCAUAAUAAAGCAGUAGGAUAUUGUCAGGGCAUGAACUUCAUAGCUGGAUACUUGAUUCUUAUUACAAAGAAUGAAGAGGAGUCCUUUUGGUUGCUAGAUGCUCUUAUUGGAAGAAUAUUGCCAG